GAACCCGGUUUAAAGCUGAAAUGUGAGAAGUUUUCCGCGGUGGCUGCUAAAAGCGACAUUAGGGGUGAGUGACCAUGGCUGAAGCUGAUGGGUGCUACGGGUUCCUGUGCUUCCUGGGCGGCUGCACGGCGCUGUAUUACCUGCUGAGGUGGUCGUGGGGUUGCUGGAAAGGGUUCAAGACCUACGUGCUGUCCAAAUUUUGGCGCACGGAUGUGAGAAAUUUCGGCCAGUGGGCAGUGGUCACUGGAGCGACGGCGGGGAUCGGUCAGGCCUAUGCCAUGGAGCUGGCAAGACGAGGCUUGGAUGUUGUUCUGAUCAGCCGUUCAGAGGAGAAGCUCCACAGCGUUGCCAAAAAAAUAGAGUCACAAUUUGGACGACAGACGCGUGUCAUUCAGGCUGAUUUCACUGAAGGCGACUCCAUCUACCCAGUCAUCGCACAGCAACUCAAAGGCCUGGAGAUUGGCAUUCUGGUAAACAACGUUGGUAUGAAUUAUGCUGGAAAGCUUGUGCAUUUUUUGGAUGUUCCUGACCCAGAACAGAGAAUCACUGAAGUGAUCAACUGCAACAUCCUGUCUGUUGCGCAGAUGAGCAGACUGAUUUUGCCACACAUGGUUGAAAGAGGUAAAGGACUUAUCAUUAACAUAUCAUCAGAAGCUGCUUCUCAGCCACAGCCGUUGGUCACAGUAUACUCUUCUACAAAGAUAUUUGUGACAUAUUUCUCUCGCUGCCUGCAUGCAGAAUACAGGUCACGAGGAAUCACUGUUCAGUGUGUGACUCCUUUUGUUGUAAGCACUAAUAUGACCUAUAAUAUAGCAGUGAGUCCUAUGGUGUUGAGUGCAGCUUCGUUUGCCAAAGACGCUCUCAACACUGUGGGCUACAGCUCAUUCACCAGCGGCUGCCUCACACACGCACUACAGCACAUCGCUCUGUCCCUCAUUUUCCCAGCCUGGCUGCGUCUCUCUCCAUUCUGCUUGCGCCGUAUGGAGAAAAUUGCACAGGACAUUAAGCCGCACAUCGAGAAGAGAGUAGCACAGAACUACAGCAAAGAGGAGUGAUUCACACAUACACAUAUACACUCUGAGAUUUGCAGGAACAAACAAGAAAUGGGACUUCAGUACACACAGAAAAUAACCUACAGACCUCUAUUUUUGUACACUG